GCCGUAGGAGGGGAGGGGCGGAGAGGGGCGGGGCGCGGCGCUGCCGGAAACAGACGUGUGUUUCGGGAGGAAGGCGGAAGCGAUGGCUGCGGCGGCGGCUGAGGCCGAGUGGGAGCCUCCGGGGCUGCUGUCGGCCCCGGGGAGCGGCCUUGACUGGGAGGCGGUGCUGGGCGAGGAGCUGAGUGAGCUACUGGGUCCUGCGGAGCCGCGGCUGGCCCUGAGGGACGAGCCCGACGAAAAUGAUCUCUAUAACUUUCAUUUUGAUUUGGAUUUGAUGUCUUGGGACUCAGACCUUUGGAAUAUUACAGGCCAUGCUUUUACAGAUGCAAGCGUGAAGACAGAACCCUUAUCACCAGCCACUUCAAAUUGUUCGGUCCCUUCUCCAUCAUCCGUGGACUCUCCAGUGCAGAAUGUGCCUGAUGAUGUGGACUUUAGCAGUAGUUCCCAGAUGUCUCCAGUCUCUCUCUACAGCAAGAGUUGCAGAAGCCCUGCAUCACCUGAAGGAGAUGGGGGGAAGAAGCCUGCUAUCAGCAUCUCUUCUCGGUCUGCAAAUAACUCUGCAAGGACCCUGAAGAGGUGUAGUCAGACAGUGUCCAGGCCUUUGAUACAACCCAAACCCCUUUUGCCUGCUGUACCUGAAGCUCAGGCUAAUGUUGGCAUCCCAGCUAAAACCAUCAUUAUUCAGACUCUUCCCACACUUGUGCCACUGCCAAAACAUCAGCCAGUCGUUAAUGUCCAGCCAGCACCUCCUAAAGGUCAAUCUGUGGUGCUCCCCCAGCCCACUGUUGUACAGCUCCAAGCUUCUGGGGUGCUUCCUGCCUCCCAGCCAGUCGUUGCUAUCACCGGAGGGACCACACCACUUCACAAACAUACUGUGAAUGCAUUGCCUUCAGCUGCUGGAAAUGGCUCAACAACUGGCAAAAUAACAGUGACAAAGCCCUUGCUUCAAAGCACCACACCAGCAAUGGGGCUGGAUGUCAAUGUCUUGAGACGGCAGCAGCGCAUGAUCAAAAACCGUGAGGCAGCCUUUCAGUCACGGAAAAAAAAGAAAGAAUACAUGUUGGGGCUGGAGGCGAGGCUGGAGGCAGCCUUGCUGGAGAACGAGAAACUCAAGAAAGAAAACAGCACACUGAAGAGGCAGCUGGAUGAAAUAGUAUCAGAGAAUGAGAAGCUCAAAGUGUCAUCUCCAAAGAGAAGGACCCUGUGUGUGAUGGUUAUACUGGCUUUUAUAAUGUUGAAUUAUGGUCCAUUGAGUGUAUUUGAAAAGAAUCCCAAUGGAGUUGAUUCCACUGCGAGUUCCAACCACAGGACCAGAAAUCUUCUGGAGUUCUCAGCUAGGCAGGAGUCCAGCACAGCUCAGAAAAUACCUGGGGACAUAAUUCCCGAGAAGAGUAAUAGGUAUGAUAGUUCUGUAUCUGAUAACAAAGCACUGAUGAUAGUCUCAGAAGAACCACUGUUAUAUAUUUCACCACCCCCACCCCCCUGUCAGCCCCUGAUUAACCGGACAGAGUCACUGAGGCUGAAUCACGAACUUCGAGGAUGGGUUCAUAGACAUGAAGUGGAACGAACAAGAUCUAGAAGGUUAUCAAAUAACCAACAGCAGAAAGCGCGGGUUAUGCAGAGCUCCCUCAGCAAGAAGGCAGAUUCUCAGCUAAUGGCUAUGCCUUACACAGACACCAGCCUCAGCAGGAACUCAGGGAAUGAGCUGCAAGUGUAUUAUGCCUCUCCAAGGAGCUAUCAAGAUUUUUUUGAAGCUAUUCGCAGAAGGGAGGAUACAUUCUACGUGGUGUCAUUUCGCAGAGACCACCUGUUACUGCCAGCCACGACACAUAACAAGACCAGAAGACCAAAGAUGUCUAUAGUGUUGCCAGCUGUAAACAUCAAUGAGAAUGUGAUCAACGGGCAGGACUACGAGGUGAUGAUGCAGAUCGACUGUGAAGUGAUGGACACCAGGAUCCUCCACAUCAAAAGUUCAUCUGUCCCACCAUACCUCCGGGAGCAGCGCAGAAACCACACUGACACCUUCUACAGCGCAUCUCCCUCUGUCCCAGAGACGCCCCAUGCCCUGAGGGCUAUUGUCAAAUCUCUGCAGUAGUUCCUGCAGCAGCAGCACCUGGCACACAGCAGGUCCUGUUGCCAGACUGAGCCCCUUUGCCAGCAGGUCUCUAGGGUUCCUGGCACAUCAGCACAACAAGGGCAGACCCCACUUAGCCCAUUCCUGUGCCUGACCCUCCCCAGCAGCGGUAUCCUGCCCAGGGAUUAUACUGCUCAGCUGGCUCCUUGGCAGGGACAGGCCUGGGGGACCCAUGCCACGUGCAAUGCCUGGUCCCAAGGGUGUGGGUGGGGCACUCUGCCACAGUCCUGGUGUUGGCGUCAGCCACUGGUGCCCGGGGCUGGCACAGGGAGGACAAAGGUCACAGGCCGUCCUUGCUACUUACACACUGUCCAGAGCUGUGAGUUGUUUGGUUUGUUGGUUUUUUGUUGGUUGUUUUUGUCCCCAUUAAACUACUCCUUAGGUGGGGUCCUGUGGUCCUGCGCAGGGACACCACUGCAGAGGCUUCCCUCAAGAUCAGGCUUCCCUCCCUGCCGUGCGCUCGGGGCAGCAGGAGGAAGCUUUCAGUAAGCUAUCCCUGCAAGUACAGGGAGAUCCACAGCCCUGCACCCCACACGGAGCCUGCCACUCCAGCCCCGGCCCUACACCCCGGGGACAGGAGCAUCCCUCGUCUGCCAGAGUGGCUGUGCUGGGCCUGGACAGAUAGUCCUGCUCCACUUCAACCCCAUAUGCCUGCUCAAAUCCCUGCCCAUGCAGCCUCCCUUGCUGGGAAGCCCUGGGCUGCUGCCCAGACUGGCAGCAGUGCCAUGGGGCAACCCAGCCCCAGCCACACUGUGGGAUGGUGGGAACCCCCACUUACAGCCAGAGCACUACAAGCAGAACAGCUUACCACGGUGGUAGGGGUGAGGCAGUGUGUACACACACACAGAGUGGUAAAAGGUUGGAGCUUGCCCCAAGGGUGGUGAUUUAGUGGAGCACAUGUAUUUGUGAAGAGCAUACUGCUCUUUUUUUGUUUGGU